AUGGCGAACCCAAGUGAUCGUAUCUUCAUCUUCGUGAUUACGAUAACUGACACUGGGCGCGCUGUGGCGAGCCUUUCGUGCUGCAAUCCUACCCAUUUCCUGGAUCGGCGGGGGCGUCUGUUUAUGCAACGAGUGUUUCAUCCGAGUUCUGGACGGAGACUUUCCUUAUCACAUCUCGGCAGCGCCCAAUCCGAGUCAUCCGCGGGAACACCCAGCCUCGUUCCGCUUAUUGCUGAUAUUGAAAACGUGGUGGAUCUCGAACGUUCUAACCUGCACCCUCGACCCAGGACGGAUAAUAGAAGGAUCUCUUAUGAAAGCGUGUUUGGAUUCGUCUCCCCGGUUCAGAAACACGGAACUCGUGUCGUCGCAGGUGCAUGA